GGGCUGGGCUUGCCAGGUCUUUAAAAUCAGCCAAAGCUGGUUCAUCGGUCAGUGCGCUGCACACAACCUGUCAGUUUGCAUUGUACUGUCUUCGAAUCAGUAGAACCUGUGGGACGUGUGAGGCUCCUCUAAUGAUGCCAGGGGGGACUACGUCGAUCUUUGACUCUGUGGAGUCUUCCCCCAUGAAGAACAACUUUCUACACCGCACCAGUGACAUCUCAUUUGAGGAGCUGAUUGUGAGGCGAGGCCAGUCCUUCGACGUGGAGGUUAAACUGACGAAACCUUUUGACUCUAAACUUCACCCACUCAAAAUUGUUGCAAGUACAGGAGAAUAUCCAAGCGAGGACUCGGGGACAGCAUCAACGUUCGGCAUCCCAGAUACUGCGAACUGGUCAGCAUCAGCAAAGGCAGUGUGGAAGGUGGAGCUUCACAAAGACUCUGACCCAAAGUCGGGCAAACUGGUCCUCAUCAUCACCCCCCCAGCUGACGCCCCCAUAGGGGAGUACACCAUCAUGGGUUAUCACAGGGACGAGGAAAAACUGCUGGCAAAGCCUGUGGUGCUCUUCAACCCCUGGUGUCGCGACGACCAGGUGUACAUGGAAAAUGAGAAGGAGGUGGAGGAGUAUGUGUUGAAUGAACAAGGAGUCUUGUACAGAGGAAGUAAAAACUACAUCAUGCCUCUAGACUGGGACUUGGGACAGUUUGAGGAAGACAUGGUCAAAAUUUCUUUAAAGAUGUUGGACGUCAGCCACAAACACUAUGAGAACCCAGCUGAGGAUGUUGCCUCUCGCAGCGACCCCGUCUACGUCGGCCGCGUGAUCAGCGCCAUGAUCAAUUCUGAAGAUGACCACGGUGUCUUGGAGGGAAACUGGGGAGGCAGUUUUGAAGGCGGGUUCUCACCCUCUCACUGGAGUGGCAGUCACCCCAUCCUUAAACGCUGGUACGACAGCGACUGCAAACCGGUCAAGUACGGGCAGUGCUGGGUGUUCGCUGGUGUGAUGUGCUCAGUGAUGCGUCUGCUAGGUGUCCCCACCCGUACAAUCACCAAUUUUGCGUCAGCCCACGACACCAAUGGAAAUCUGACCAUCGACCGGUUUCACGCCGAAGAGGGAGUCACACCAAAACAGAGCCAGGACAGUGUUUGGAACUUCCACGUGUGGGCGGAGUCGUACAUGAAGCGCCCUGACCUGUCAGAAACAGGCAAAUAUGACGGCUGGCAAGUUCUGGAUCCAACACCGCAGGAGAUGAGCGAUAAUGUUUACUGCUGCGGUCCAGCCUCGGUCAAAGCCAUCCGGGAAGGACAAGUAGACCUCAUAUAUGACUGCCCUUUUGUCUUUGCUGAGGUCAAUGCUGACGUUGUUCAUUGGCUGGUCAAAGAAGAUGGCUCACAAACAAAGAUCGAGUCUUUCCCUGGGAGAGUUGGUAUCAAUACCUCCACCAAGGCUGUCGGCUCCAAAAAGAGGGUGGACGUCACCGACACCUACAAACCAAAAGAGGGGUCAGAUAAGGAGAGGGCUGUCUUUAAGUAUGCCGUCAACAUCACCAAAGACUACUCUGCAACUGAUGGCGAUGAAGAGGUGGAGGAGAACAACAGCGCUGAAGAGGGGGAGGACAGCGUCGAGACAGAGGAGGGUGCUGAGGGUGAAGUGGUGGAGGAGUCAGAUGAUGAGAAUGAGGAAGCUCCACCUCCAGCUCCAGUUCCACCAGUGGUCAUGACGUUUAAAGAGGUGACUCACCCGACAAACGGGAAGGAUGUGAGAUUGAAGCUGAAGCUGAAGAGCAGUACUGCCAGGAAGCUGUCCAUCAACAUCAGCGUCCAAGCCAUGCAUUACAACGGCAGGCCAGCUGUCAACAUCAAGCAUGAGAAGAUGGAGAGGUCACUGAAACCUGGGAAAGCUCUGUCAAUCCCUAUCGAGAUCCCGUUCACCAUCUACCAUAAACACAUGAUUAAUGCUGACAGCAUGAACGUAUCAGCUGUGGUCACAGACAUGGAGAACCCAGAUCACACGUACCUGGCUGAUGAUGACGUUGUGCUGCUUGACCCUCCCAUUUCCCUGGAGAUUUUCGGUAAGCCCCGAGUCCACCGAAGAGCGAGAGGGGAGGUGGUUUUCAUGAACCCGGCCAACGAGACGCUGACAAACUGCCAUCUGACUCUCUCUGGAAGUGGCCUGUGGCGAGAUGAGGUUGAUGUCAAGAUUCCAGAUCUGAAGCCAAACAUACAAGCUCGUGUCACGUUCUUUUUUUACCCAUACAAGGCCGGUGAGAAGACCGCCAUGGCCGACUUCGACUGCAACGGCUUCAAAGACGUCAAGGUCUCUUGCCCGGUCAACAUCGAGAAGUAAAUUCUCCCUGAUGCUGAGUGAGAGUCACAUAUGUUUACUCAGAAAGGUUUACUGUGGAGGUAUGGAAGCAUAUAAAGUUUUCUUCAAGAAUUCAACGUAACACGCAGGGAGUAAUUAUUAUACAAAUGGUCAUAUGCGGGUGAAGUAUCCCUUUAAUGUCAGUAAGGUGUCCACAACAGUGCAACAAUGACUCUGCUUUGUAACAGGUGAGGGUGGUGGUGGGCUAUUUUUGAUAAGUUUCUCCUCAGCAUGUGAAAUAAAAUAAAUAUCAGUAAAUCGUCUGAGAGUUUGAACAUGUUUGCCGUAAUGGAAUUACUAGAACUAUACACAAUUUCAAGUCGUGCUUUUUAGACAAAGUAAGACAAAAAUGUCCCGUGGAUAAGUAGAGUUUCUCUAUAAAGGGUGAUGUGGGAGUACUCAAUGCAACAUGCAUCAUUAAGAGAACCUGUUAGAUUUGAUGAGCGUAAAUCAUAAGGUACAUUUCAGUUUAUAGCUUUUGGUGAAGCAUACAUUUAACAAGUUUUUUUAAAUAUUGAAAUCUUUAAUUUGACUCUUUACCCGUGACUGCUGUAACACUGGAAUUUCUCAAUUGUGGGAUCAAUAAAGGUGUAUCUUAUCUUA